AUGGAACAGCAGCAGCCUUUUCAGCCGCAACCCAUACGGCCUCAGCCCAUGCAACAGCCGCCGCAGCAGUACGGGCAGUACGCAGUGGGACCGCCUCAGUACCAAGGCCCGUGUCAACCGCUCCUCCCUCCCUCGACCAGCUGCCGGCCCAGCAGGCACUCGUGCGCGGUCAAGGCGCUGGCGAUAUUACAGGUCCUUCUAGGCGCUCUGGCCUCCCAAAUUGGGGUUGGUAUCCUGGUAGUCAAGAGUGCGCUUUACUACACGGGUGCUUCCGUCUGGGGCGCGGUUUUGUUUUACAUCCCGGCUGGAAUCCUGGGCGCAAUCUCCGUGACGACGACCGUUCCUGCUAGACGCAAAGGCUACGCUAUUGCGUGCAUGGUGAUGUCAAUUCUUGCUGCCUGUGCAUCUGGCGCCAACAUCGCGUUGAGCUCUGCAUCGAUCAGUGUUGACAUCCGUAUCAGUGACACUGUAGCCGCUAUUGCCCUAAACUCUUGCAACCUCUUUCUCAGCUUGUUUGAGCUGGUCGUCGCCAUCGUAGCCGCCGCCUACUGCUGCUUGGUCACGGGAGAACUACACACGGCGAACAACACCAACAUCCAGUACGUCCCAACGUACAUACCCGGAGGAGGAAUGGGCCAACCCCCUGCCUACCACAACUAUGGCGCCCCAGUGAGCCAAACGACCACGCCCACGCCUAGCGCACCUACGCCCAUGCCCACACCGGAAAAUGAGAAAGUUGGCCUCGCCUGAAAUAUGGGAGACUUUGCCAUGUACAAUACAUCGUCAACAUCGGAAAGGGAACUGAACUUCAGAGUAGAGGAGUUAAAAUACUGAAGAACGACGUGCAUGCUCGUAACUUAAUCUGAAAGUAAAAACUGAAAAGGUGUCUUAAAGUAUAUACGUGUUUUUUUUUCUUCAAAAUUAUGAUUUUCUCUUCCGAACGAAAUUUGAAGGAAUACAAUGUCCUGCAACAAAUAAAUGUGCUUUUUUACUUUUGCCGGCCUUUAUACAGUAUUAAAAAGUGGUUUUAAAUGGCGCGCUCCCGUUCAGAAAUUGCGCACACUAUUCAGAACGAAUUAGGAGCGUCCCACGCUCUUUAUUCAAAAGUUGAACUUAGUUAAUUGAUUACUUGUCGUGGACCGAUUUUUACGUGCGAUGUCUCAUUGGAAAGCUCA